AUGUCAUUGAAUGGACUUGAUGGAGCUGCAGUCGCUGACGCACACCAGGCUGCUCAGGCGGACGCAGGAGGAUGGUUCUUACUGAAAUAUGUCAAUCGCGACACCGUUGAACUGUUGAGCAAGGGAACAGGGGGUGUGCAGGCUGUGCGUGGAGUGAUUGAGCAAUAUGCAGAGAAGUCGCCGCUGUACGGGUUGGUGCAGUAUCGGCGCAAGAAAGUGGUCCUCAAAUAUGUGCCAGAAGGAACAUCUCGAUUGCUGCAAGUGCGGCUCACCGUGCAAUUUCAAUCGGUCCUGGAAACCUUCACACCCCAUGACACCGUCUUCUCCUUUGCCACGGCCUCUGAGUUAACAGAGUCCGCCCUAGGACUUUGUACUAUGCUAUUACCCUCUGCAUCUUCAUUAACCUCGUCAAGCUCCUCUCUUCGACGGCGCCGACUCAACGAAAUUACCGAAGAUGCGGAAGACGAUGUGUCAACAGUUGAGGAGGAGAAGGAGGAGAACGUUGGACUUGCCCUUCGCUUCACAUCGCAAAAGCCAGAUGAGUUGCCGAUGGUGACAUCGACGCCGGACACAGUUUUCGGGAGACAUGAACUAGAUGAACUUCCGGCAAGCGCAGUUCUUGCAAAAGCUCUUCUGGCAAAGAGGAAGGAGGAGGCUGCUGCCGCCACCGCCAACAACAACAACAACAAUGAUGCUGGUCCUCCCUCUGUACCAGACAAGAACAUUCACCCUCCGCGGAAAGAAAGUCUGCUCGCAUCCCCCAAACCGCCGGCCUCACCACUACCCUCACCACUACCUCCCUCCAUCGUCGACAAGGAGCUCCCCGCGACGCCCGAACCGACUCCUCCUUCCACGAGCGAGGGCGAAGGUCCUAGAGCUCCAGACUUCGAAGCAACCAGCAACAUCCUCCUCGAGACCACUACAGCAACAGCAGACGCCUCCAACCCAACAACUCCUCGUCCUCACGCCCGUCACCUUUCGGCCGCCGAAUCAGACAGCAUCAGCCAAUGGAGUAGUAACGUCGCAUCGUAUACAGCGGUCAAGCCAAAGAAGAAAAAAUUGGGGCCGCGUCCUCACGUGGAGACAACUCACCGACCUAAGACGUCCGGAACAACAGACAGCGGCACAGGAAUACGGCCAGUGGCGAAUCUUCCAACUUCUAUCCGUGUGAACAACAAAUCUCUCGUCAGCCUGGGGAUUCGCCCAGGCUCUCAACAGUCGAGUCGAAGCGUACCCGGCCGUUUUGUUCCUUCCAGUCAGUCUGUAAAUGGUGCGCCACCUCUGCCGUCGCCGUCGUACCUACACGCACCAUAUAAUGCGGGGGAUAGUCGCUCUGCGAUCCUCCGGCCAUCUUCUGUGACUAGCGAUGUGUCGACCACCACUCCAGAAAAGCUAAGAUUGAUGAAGGCUUUACAAUUGCGGAAGAGGAACAUGCUGCUUGCCCAAAGAGCAGCCACGGUUGCAACACCCGCCCUUUCAAAUACAUACCUUCACAAUGCGUCGGAGUCGAAUGCGAGCGCCAAUGGAUCGAGUACUCGUCUAUCAUCAAUUCCAAGUCACGAACAGCUGUCAAACGUCGAUGAGGAGACGAAGUUGACUCAAUCAUCUUAUACAACAUCGCCGACCAUCAUGACAAAUAUUUCGGAAGAGCCUUCGACCCAAGCCUCUUCCGUCAGCGAACACGAUGAUUGUUCCCGUACUCGCCGCUCUUUAUCAUCGGCCACAAGCUCCUCUCUCACUCCAAAAGCUUUCUCGCAGGAAGACAAAGCCCCAAGUGCGUCUGAUGUGGCUUCGAUCGAUAUAAAGCCAUCAGCUAGUUUGGGCAUGGUCCCUUUCGAUAAGGACGACAAGGAUGAUUCCAAGACUGAGGUUGAUGCGGCACCUGCUGACGUGGAAGCCAAAUCAGUUAUUAGAAUUGACGGCCUCGUCCCAGAGAGCAGACCUGAACCAAACUCGGACACUGAGCCCCGGCCUUCUAAUCCACCGUUAAAACAGGAUGAGGAUUCACCCAAGAAAUCUGGUCGCUUAGGACCUCCACAGGCCCUAAAACUCUUGCCAGGUGGCAAUGCGUCUGCAUCAGAUCUCUCGGAAGAUGAUUCGUUGAUAGACGAGAUCCAGCAUGCUACCGUCCAUGAAGCUAUGCCAGUCUCAGUGGCUCGGUCGCCAGUGACCCCAAUAAUGUCCAAGGGAAGUUCAGAUCGCCUACGUGAGAUGGUUGUCAAACCGCCGAACUCCAGUCAUUCCACAGGGCGGCCAAAUCUUGUAACAACACCCGAUGGAAACAGACCCAGCAGUGGCAGCGUACGAAGCAUUUCGACUGCUCUUCCACAGUGGCCACCUUUGCCUACAGAGUCAGCUCAACUACCACUUACCAAAAAAGCUACCCUCGGAACAGGUAUCUCUAAACGCAUCAAGGCCCUGGAAGUGCUGAGGACGAAGGACGCAAGUCCCCCACGACACCCUCAGCCAGUCCGAGAGACGCAUGCCGGCACCUCUGCCUUCUCGGCGUUCAUGAAGCGCUCAUCAUUCUUGACACAGCAACAGCCUCCAAACGCCUCGACCGAAAAUUCACCUCCUCGGCAUCUACCCACAGCAAGCAGUCAAUAUGAAUCACAUCCAUCGGCCGCGGUGAAAGAGCCACGACGUCCAUCGUCAGAUGUGCACAGGCUACAGAAAGGCGAGACGAUUUCUGUUACCGCAAGGAUUGUUCGUGAUUCUACCAAUAAGCAUCCCCCCUUGGCUCCAAGUUCGAGUUACAAUACUCCCCUCAAUCUCUACCGGAGUCCUCUAAUCGUCGAACACGAGAAGUCCGACCAGCCAACCUUGGAUCAGGCACUGGCUUCGAAUCAACCCAGGGUCAAAAGCCCCACCAAGUCGGAGAGAGGGCGAUUUUCCUUUUCCUCCCAUCGGUCAAAUUCUCAUCCAAACUUGCCUCGGUCUGAGUCGAAUACCAGCAAAAUGUCCAAAUCAAGUCACUACAGACGGCAAGGUCCGCGGUCAACCAGUGACGCAGCAUCAAUUUCCGAGGACAAACCAAAGUCUUCAAUGACAAGCAGGCUCAUGAAGCGGAUGUCGAAUCUAGCAAAUGCGCGCAGCAGGAAUCAACCGACGACAAAAGAAGAGGCCACUCAGUCCCAAGUAAAUCUUGGGCGAGAACAACCUGACUUCACGCCGGAGGAUUCGAUAGCUGAGUCAUUGAUGCAUGUUGUCGACAUUGGGGACGUCAACGUACAAUUCCCAGAGUCAUUCCUAUGGAAACGGCGUUUCAUGAGGAUCGAUGACCAAGGAUUCCUGAUAUUUUCUCCACCGAUGAAUGACGCCAACACGAAGAGUGUUAGUCGUAAAUACCACCUCAGCGACUUCAACCGGCCAUGUCUACCUGACCUUGAACGCGAAGAGAUGGCGUGGAGUAUCCUGCUCGAUCUGAAGGAUGGGAGAUGCGUGCAGUGUGCAUGCGAGAGUAAACAGGCUCAGCAACAAGUAUUACAAAUGCUCGUUGACGCUCAUAGCGCAUAUCACCAGUUAUACGGAGCUGGAUGA